CAGCCCCAUUGCUACAUAAACUAUCAAGAUCUGAUACAUAUGGAAUACGAGCCUAUGAUGCAUCUCUUGGUGGUCGAAAUAUACGCGUUGCCAACCGUCGUAUUGUGAUUUCUACUCUUAAAAAGAGUCUGGCAUUUGACUCUUCCAUAUCAUGUUUUGACAUCAAUAUCAUGGCUGGUAUUUUGGCAAUAUGUAUUGGCAAAAUGAUUCAUGUUUGGAACUGCGAGACGUAUAUAUUAAAAAAUUCUCUUGGAAAGGCAGGAGGAAGUUUGCAUAAAGAUUCGAUUCUUUCUUGCUGUAUCAAUCUAAUUGGUACAAAGAUGGCAACCUGUGGAAAUGACCAAAGGAUUAUUGUCUGGAGUCUAGAACAGUGGAAGUCAAUCAAAUUGUUGGAGGGACAUAGAGGCGCUGUUUAUCAAGUAGAGUUUAGUGUUGAUUCUGAAUAUAUUUAUUCAUCCUCAGACGAUGGCCGUGUUGUCAAAUGGGAUUGGAAAUCAGGCAAGUUCUUGAUGUUGUGCACUGCCAUAAUAUAA